ACACCCCUUUAAACGCGUCACCCACCGGGCGGGCUGGCUGGUAUCGGGCAGUGCGGUGUGUGUGGUUGUGUUUCGGGUCGCGCUGAUAACGACACAGCCCGGGACGCGUUUGCUCGCCGAGAGAUGGGAGUGCUGGAGACAUGGCUGUAAAAGAAAUGGCUCUGGCGCUUUUGACCCUGGUCGGGUUGGCGGCCAUCGGCGACGCUCUGCAUUGUAACUGCACAAACUGCAAGUCUGGCUCCGAGUGUGAAACGGACGGCGCCUGCAUGGCCUCCACAUACUACAGCCAGGGCAAGGAGCAACACGUGCGCAUCUGCAUCGACCGGGACAACCUGGUCCCUCCGGGACAACCGUUCUACUGCCUGAGCGCCGAAGGCCUGCUCAACACACAUUGCUGCUAUGUGGAUUAUUGCAACAGUAUUGAAGUCCCGGUCCCGACGAAGGAGGGCGACUGGUCCGGCUCCGGCAGCUCCUGGGGGCCGGUGGAGCUGGUGGCGGUCAUCGCCGGGCCGGUGUUCCUCCUCUGUGUGCUGCUGAUGGUCGGCGUGUUCCUGUUCCAGUACCACCAGAGGGCCUACAGCCACAGGCAGAGGCUGGAGGUGGAGGACCCGUCCUGUGACCACCUGUACAUGGCUAAGGACAAGACCCUGCAGGACCUCAUCUAUGACAUGUCCACCUCCGGAUCCGGCUCUGGUCUGCCCCUGUUUGUGCAGCGGACUGUGGCAAGGACCAUUGUGCUGCAGGAGAUCAUAGGAAAGGGUCGUUUUGGGGAGGUGUGGAGGGGGAAAUGGCGAGGAGGAGACGUGGCGGUGAAGAUCUUCUCCUCCAGAGAGGAGCGCUCCUGGUUCAGAGAGGCCGAGAUCUACCAGACAAUCAUGCUGCGCCACGAGAACAUCCUCGGAUUCAUUGCAGCGGACAAUAAAGACAACGGUACAUGGACUCAGCUGUGGCUGGUGUCAGACUAUCAUGAGCACGGCUCUCUUUUUGACUAUCUUAACCGCUACUCCGUCACCAUCGAGGGCAUGAUCAAACUGGCCCUGUCGGCCGCCAGCGGCCUGGCCCACCUGCACAUGGAGAUCCUCGGCACUCAGGGUAAGCCGGGCAUCGCUCACCGGGACCUCAAGUCUAAAAAUAUCCUGGUGAAGAAGAACGGCAUGUGUGCCAUCGCUGACCUCGGCCUGGCCGUCCGCCACGAGUCCAUCACAGACACAAUCGACAUAGCGCCCAACCAACGCGUGGGCACCAAGAGGUAUAUGGCUCCAGAAGUCCUGGACGAAACCAUCAACAUGAAACACUUUGACUCCUUCAAGUGUGCUGACAUUUACGCGCUGGGCCUUGUGUACUGGGAGAUAGCUCGCCGCUGCAAUGCAGGAGGGAUCCACGAGGAGUACCAGCUGCCCUACUACGACCUCGUGCCCUCUGACCCCUCCAUAGAGGAGAUGAGGAAGUUGGUGUGUGAACAGAAGCUGAGGCCCAACGUGCCCAACUGGUGGCAGAGCUACGAGUCUCUGCGUGUGAUGGGUAAGAUCAUGAGGGAGUGCUGGUACGCCAACGGGGCGGCCCGGCUGACGGCGCUGCGCAUCAAGAAGACCCUGUCUCAGCUCAGCGUGGAGGAGGACGUCAAGAUGUGAGCGACGGCGAGGCGUGUGCCGCAGACGCACAACCAGACCGCACUCCCAUAGGAAACGCACCCUACAGACGGACCGCAAAGGAAAACCCUGCCAGUUUGAAAGCCACACUCCAAGUCGUGACGAGGCCUACCUCACCUUUUUAGCCCAAACUACUGAGUCACCCCCCCCAACCCCCACACUGGCCCCCCUUUUGACUUUACUGCAUCCCUUUUCUUCGUUCCUCGUCUCCACCACUACCACUGUUAAUAUCAUCUGUUAUUUUCAGUUCCCCAUGGCAGGAAUUACUACUAUUGUACAGCGACGGGACGAUUUAGAUUGAUCCCUCUUACCUCUCUGGAAUACGUCCCAUGACGGGACUAAAGUGCGUGUGCAUGUGCGUGUGUGUGUGUGUGGGGAGGAGACGGUGUCUGGACUACGGGCAUGUUUCCAAGACGUCCUCUGGUUUAGGCUGUAGCUCAUAAGACAGAUCCGGUAAUGGGACGUUUAAAGCAUGGAACCCCAGAAUCUGCAUUUUGAACCCCUCGCUUGAACAUCCUUCAAACGGAGACGAGCUGCUCUCCGCUGUAGCUUCCUCUGCACCUGCAGGUGUGACGUAGCCCCCGUGGUCCAGUCCUUGUGUUGGAUGGAGAUGUGACGGGGAUCAUGUUUGGGAUGGUUUGACUUUUAUUUAUUUGUCAAUAGUUUUUGUUUUUUUGUUUCAUAUUGAUGAACACUGUGAGAUGAGAUGUGACGAGUCCAAUAUGAUAUGAAAAUUAAUGUAGUUCCGUCAAGUCUUUCAGAUGUUAGAAUAAAGGGGUUGUUGUGUUCAUUUUAGUAAGAAACUGAGCAUGCCCCCCCCCCCCUCUGAGUGUGACAGGCGAUGACAUCAUUCACCCGUAGCAAAUUAGAGGCGUAUGAAAUGGAAAAUACAGUUUUCUUUUUUUAUAUAUAUAUAUUUUUUUGUGUGUUUUGUUUAGAGACAUCCUUUGACAUUAGACACUACUGAUGAUGGGUACAUAUGGGUUUUAUAUAAAACAUGCAUUUCUUUUGGACAUCUGAACAGCGAUUUAGCUUUAAGGGUACUUUCAGAGGGCUGUUUUGACUCGUCUGCAUGUUUCUCAGACGUCAUUUGCUGGAAUUUGUUUUCAAUUUGCUCCUAAUGGCAAUUUGGUGGUACUACUGAUCCCAGAUCAUUUUUGCUGCAGCCUGUUAUUGUUGUUCUGUAUAAUUGCUUGUCGAGCUCUUUUCAGAGUUCAGUAAGGCAGAUUUGUUGCUACAUGAUGUCGUGCGGGGGGAGCGGGGGGGAGGAGGAGUCUCCCUUUCAUUUGACACUGGAAUAUUUCGACGCCUCGCGUUGAUUCAUCGACAUAAAGGCCGCUGCUGACAGUUCGCCCACAGGGAACACGCGGCCCGAUGUGAAAGGUGCUUCUGCGUGUUUUCAUCCUCCUCAGUCGUCUGUCUGUGAAUGAUCUAUAGAAGUAACACUGUCCGGUCCGCCUGGGCUUUACUUUACUUAACGUUAGUUGUGUCAUCACUCCACCCAGAGUCCGUGUCAUGUUGGAACCCUGUUUUUUUUUUUUGUUGCUGCAUGCUGUCCCCAAACACUGGGUCUUCUGCACUGAAGUAGAUCAAUUGAAGACUCGUCUUUUCGUUCUUUUCUGUGGACCCACAAAAAUGUUGCUGCUACUGUUAACAUGGGUGGAAGUUCUGGGAUCGAAAAGAGGGCGACUGCUGUCAGUUGAACCAAAAAUUGUCGACACACUCCUGUCCUUUGGCUUGUUGCCAUGGGUGUAUGACCAUCACACAUCCUGUUCACAACACUUCAUGAUUUCAAAAAUGAUUUUGUGCAAAUCUUUUGUGAAUUGGUUUAAAGGUGUAUAUAGAUAUACAAUAAAAUCCUUUUUUUCUUAUU